UUAAUAGCUGAGCCCGGCCUGGUCGGGAGACGCGCCACAGUGCCCAGCCCUGGCACCACACGGCGGGGCGAGUGGGAGCCGGCUCACCGGCUGCCUCGCCUCCCACUAGCAGGCCAGGAGAGGGAAGCUCAGGUUCUCCUCGCCUCAAAGCCGGGGGGCGAGCGGGCCGGCCGAGCCCGCCCCUCCGCGCCAGGCUGCUCUGGGCAGCGGCCAGGACGGCAGCAGAGCUUGAAAGAGAAUCCUGGGGGGGAAGAAAGUUCAAGAAGGUUAUGUACUGUGCUCAAUCAAUGCCAAGAAACAUGAGAACAUGAACAAAAAAGCUGUGGUGAAGACAUGACUUCCAAUGGCAGUAAUGCAGAGAGAGUGAACCCUGUGCUCAGAAUAAGUCAGCUGGAUGCUCUUGAACUAAACAAAGCCUUGGAGCAGCUAGUUUGGUCCCAGUUUUCCAGCUGUUUUCAUGGAUUUAAGCCAGGGCUGUUGGCUCACAUUGAACCAGAAGUAAAAGCAUUUUUAUGGCUUUUCUUGUGGAGAUUCACCAUCUAUUCUAAGAAUGCAACUGUGGGACAGACUAUUCUGAAUAUUCAGUACAAGAAUGACUUAUCUCAAACACAGAAAUAUCAGCCAUUGAGCAAACAUCAGAAGUUAUGGUAUCUUAUAUGCACUGUUGGCGGAAGGUGGUUGGAAGAAAGGUGCUAUGAUCUAUUCAGCAGUCGCCAACUAGAGUCAUUCUUCAAAACCAAGUAUUUCAUUAAUUUUGUAGCUGGACUUUUAAAACUUUGUGGACUACUGAACUUUCUGAUUUUCCUUCAGAAAGGAAAAUUUGCAACAUUGACCGAACGUAUUUUAGGAAUUAGAUCUGUCUUUUGUAGGCCUCAGAAUGUUCGUCAAAUAGGGUUUGACUACAUGAACAGGGAACUUCUAUGGCAUGGCUUUGCUGAGUUUCUAAUCUAUCUUCUACCACUCAUUAACAUGCAAAAGCUCAAACUCAAAAUUUCAUCUUGGUCUUUGCCUAUUGCAGUUUUUUCCAAUAGCGAAAACUCUUUAGCAGCACAUUGCAAGGAAUGUGCUGUAUGUGGGGAGUGGCCAACUAUGCCUCAUACCAUAGGCUGCUCACAUGUUUUCUGCUACUAUUGUAUUAAAAGCAACUGCCUAUUUGACAUGUAUUUUACCUGUCCUAAGUGUGGUACAGAGGCACACAAUCUUCAGCCAUUGAAAUACAAAAUUGAAGUUCACACCCUCUAGAGUUUUUUGCAGUGCACUUGAAGCACAUACUUUAUUAUACAGUUUACUCUACUCUAUUCAGAACCCUAUUAAAUUGAUCAUUGUCCUCUUUAUUUACAGCAGUUUGAUCUUUCUCUGUCUUAGGUCUGUGAUAUAAUAAAGUCUGUAUUGACAUUAA